GUCCGAGAGCCAGCCAUCAUACUCCCGGAAACUAAGUCUCAGUACCUCUACCCAACAGAAGACGGAUCCGAGCAAGACGGUAGACCACGGAUAGACUCUCGAGUUUCACUGUCUUUGCAUCUCGUAUUUCCGUUCUAUUGCUCUCUUCCUGCCCAAAGCCGGCCGCCGGCGGCCAACGGCUCCUCGGAGAGGAGAAACAGAGACACAGACACACAACAUGCCGUGUGUUUUCGCAAUAACCCUCCUGACCGUGUUGGUGGUCUUGUUGUUGGUACAGAGAUGGUUGGAGAGGAAGAGUUCCAUGAAUGGAGCAAAGUCUACGGCCCCAUUUACCAGACCAAGAUGUUCGGCGUCACUCACGUCUGGAUCUCCUCAGAGAAGAUUGCUCACGACCUCCUAUCCCGACGAGCAAACAUCUACUCUGACCGGCCACAGAUUCCCAACUUGCCUGAUAACCGGACAAGUGGUGAUUACCUGGCUCUUCUUGGGCGAAAUGACACCUGGAGACGCCAACGUAAACUCUGCAACCACCUAAUGCACACCUCCGCCCUCGCCUCCCUUCACGACUACCCCACGCUCGAGCGCAACCGCUUUCUGUACUUGCUCUCCCAAUCCCCCGAAAACUACAUCGAGUACAUUGAGCAAUUCACCUCGCGCACCAUCGCGCGUUUAUCAUGGGGCAGCGCCCACCCAGCCCAAAUCCUCCGGCACACCACCUUUGGGCUUCUCGAAACCAUUUCCCCCUCUGGCGCCCUGCCCAACGUGAUCUCCUUCCUUCGGCACCUCCCCCUCGCCCUCUCGCCUUGGCAGAAAAAGGAAAAAGCUCGCCAUGAGCUGGAAGACAAACAGUUCCGCUCCAACAUUGGGUUCGUCAAAAGGAUGAUGGACGUAGGCCGCGCCGAGCCUUCUUUUAUUCGUACCUAUUUGGAAGAACAGGGAUCGAUCAAUUCUACCAACAAGAAAUGCGACGAGCAAAAAGGCAAGGAAGCAGCGGAUGAGGCGAUGCAUGUUGUUGGACUGAUGGCGAUUGCGGGAGCACUGACGAUUGGAAGCCCGAUUCAGAGUUAUAUUUUGGCCAUGUGUCAUUAUCCGGAGUGGCAGGCUAGGUUGCAGGAGGAGAUUGAUACGGAGUUGGCGGGGCGGUGUCCGAUGUGGGAGGAUCGGGAGAAGUUGCCGCUUUUGAGGGCGGUGGUUAAGGAGGUUAUUAGGUGGAGGCCGCCGGUGCCUACUGGGAUCCCCCAUGCGGUUGAAAAGGAUGAUGUCUAUAAUGGGUAUUUCAUCCCCGCCGGAGCUACGAUCCAUGCUCUUGAGUGGGCCAUCACCCGCGACGAACAAACCUAUCCCCAAGCCGAAACCUUCAACCCCUCCCGCUUCCUCCUUCCUUCCUACCCCACCUACCGCGAACCCUUGACCAUCUACCCCAACCUCUCGGGCUUCUCCCAAUUCGGGUUCGGCCGCCGCACCUGCCAAGGCGUGCCCAUCGUCGAGCAAGAUCUCUUUUUGACCAUGGGCGGCAUGGCCUGGGCUUUCACCAUCAGCAAGAAACGGGACCCGGUGACGGGUGCCGAGAUGCCGGUGCACUGGAACGAUUACACGCCGUUGCUGAUUGCCAAGCCGUGUCGGUUCCCGUUUGAUGCGGUCCCCAGGGACGAAGAAAAAGUGAAGAGGAUGAGGGAGAUGUAUGAGGAGGCGAUGGAGGGGGAGGAGAUGGAGAGGUGUGAGAGUAGAGAGGAGAGGGAGAGGACGGAGGGGUGGAUGGUGGAGGGUGGGGUGAGGCAGAAGGAAGAGGAGAUUCCGUGGCAAAGUGGUGUUGGGCUGCAGCGGCAGGUGGAGGGGGAUGUUGGAGGUGUUGGGGCUGGGGCUGGAGCUGGAGCUGGGGCUGGGGCUGGGGGUGGGGGUGGAUGUGCUUCGGGUGAGGAUGGUCGAGGUCGAGGUCAUGUCCAGCAUCAAGAUCAAGGCAUUCACCAAGAGGAACACGACGCCGACGCCUCCGACUCAAACAGCACCACCUCCAGCCGUCUGGACUCAACUGGCAGUGCCAGCGGCAGUGGAAGCGUCAUCGGAACGCCCAGUGCAAGCUGGGGCUCCGAACCCUCCCUCAGUCUGAGGGGAAGUAGUGCCGAGAGCUCCGAUUGCGAUGAACAUGAUGAGCUUCGAGUUGCUACUCGUACUACUCCCUACAAGGAAGAUGAUGGCGAUGGCGAUGGCAAUGAGAGCAUGAGAAUGAGAAGUAUGGGGAGGAUGAGAGGGAGGAGAGUACGCAUCAAGACAAUGUCGAAUGCCAGCUCGACUAUGGAGGCGUUGAUGACGCCGAUGACCCCGACGACGCCAGAAAAGGAGGGGUUGCCUUUUAAGGAGAUGGGAAUCAUGGGGAUGGGGAUGGGUAUGAAGCUGGGGAUUGCGACGAGGCGGGUAGUGGAGGUGGAGGAUAUGGAGGAUAUGGAGGGGGUGGCGGUCGAUGAUGAGAUGGAGGUGCCGGGGGCUUGGAGGUGGUGA